UCCAUUCUUGUAACAUUGUAAUUUAAAAAUUGUUGGCUCAACAAAUAGCUGUUGAAGCAAGAACUCAUUUUUGAUUUUUCUAGAAUCAAAAAGUCACUUUAAAAAUAAAAUUCUUGAAACAACUAUUUAAACAUUUUUAAGCAUUUUCAAAAAUGGAAAAUUGUUAGUCUAAGAAUAAAAAGUUUGUUUUAAAUAUUUUUUCAUGCAAAAUAUCCUAUUAAGAAUCAAAUUUUUGAGUCAACAAUUCGUUCUUCAGCUAACAAUUAUUAUUAAGAAUGAAAAAAGUUGGAAUAACAAUAAAAGUUGUUGGCACAAGAACUGCAUACUUGAAUCGUUUUUUGUGUAUUAUAAUUGCAACUGUUUAUUUAACAAUCAAUUCUUGCGAUUUAAGUAUAAAUUGUUAAUUUUCCAACAACUAGUUCUUGGCACAAGAAUUUGUUCUUGAAACAACAAUUAGUUCUUGGAACAACAAUUUAUUCUUAAACUCUUGCAAACGUAACUGUAAAAUUGUCUCGUAAAAGAAAUGCAAAAAGCAAUGAAAUCAUUGUCUUGUGAAAUGCGAUCGGUACAACAUUAAAUAAAUUAAAGGAAAUAAAUUAAACAAAUAAAAGUGCGAUCGGCGCGUGCAAGUGUUAUAAGUGGAAAACAAUUAAAUUAAAAAUUUAAAAUGGCCGAAGAAGAACAAGUAGUGAUAAAACAUAUCGAAGCUGAAAUCCUGGAACUUAUUUUAAGUUGGGGACUAUCCUGCGCUGGGAUAUCUGCACUAGAGGAGUGCCGCAUAGCUUCUUUUGAUGUUAUCAAGAUUCUUAAUGGGCAUGAUAUUGAAAAUGUGUUCCAAAAAAGAGAACUUAUGGCGGACAGAAUUAAAUUUAGGUACGGUCUAAAUAAAUGGAGGGAAGCUAAUCAUGUCGACGUAAUACCAUGCUGCCAGAGUGACAAAACACUUUCCAUGGUAUCACAAUGGCUUUCAUCGGAUACAAUGCAUGCCAGCUCUUCAACGUCUUCUCAAAAUGUCUUCGAAUUUCGAGGAAAAACAAAUACAAAUAUCGAUUUUAAUAUUAAAGAAAUAUUGCAAAAAACUGUUGCUGGAGACGAUAUGAUUAAAGCAUACCAACAAACGCCAAACCUAUCUAGCACUGAUCAAACCAUCAUAUCUAGAUGCAUUGUCGACCAUUUUCAUCACAAUGGUCUAAAAAUGUGUCCAAAAACCAUGAAAAGUGUAGCUAAGGAAAUAGUAAAAUUAUUUCCAAAUGAAGACGAACGUACGUAUUACGUUCCGCGGGAAAAUGGAAAGCAGCCAUCGGGAAAAAUUUUUGACAGGUACUUUAACGUCGGAUACAAUCGGAAGAGAAAAGCUGACUUGUCAGUAACAGAAAAGAUAGCCAAAAGCACUACUGAUAUUGAAAAUGAUGCGAGUACUAUUUCCGAAGAAAAUGACAACAUGGAAGUCGAAGAGUUUUUAAAGAAAAAAGAAUUUCUGUUAUAUAACUCUCCUGAAAACGCAAAAUCUUUGUGGGAAGAAACAUCUAAAAUGAGAAUGAAGGAAGAAAAAUAUCCAAUUUCUUCAUUUUUAACUGCAUGGCCACGGUAUAAGGACACAAAUGCCGAACAGCUAAUUAAUGUUGACUUCAACACAUUACACCCGGGAAAAUCUAAUAAACUCUUCGAAAAGUUCUACGAGUUAGAAAAAAGGGCAAACAAGGUUUUUUUCCCAUCAUCAAUCAAGGAGAAACUCUUUCUUGAAAUGUAUAAGAAAAUGGUUUCGCCCGAGCUUUUUGCCGCAUCAUAUUUUAAAACACGAUAA